AUGAUGAGGAGUACAAAAAGCCCCUUCGAGUUGAAACCGAAAUACCCAGACUUUAAGAAGGUGGAAGCGACUCGGCCUGCCUUUGAUCCCAGCUUGCCAAUCGUGUACACCCAAACGCCAGACCCCCGUUGGGAGUAUGGUAAAGGUGCAAUCUCUUCCCCACAAGCUUGUUCUUCACUUGAGUCAAGCCAUGUUGAGAUUGAUCCCUAUGGGAGCGAUCGCGCUAUGAUUGACAAUUAUCGCCUACUGGUCUCUGGAAUUCCGCGGCCAAUUAGCUUUGUCAGUACAUUGUCGAAGGAUGGCACACCAAACCUCGCUCCCUUCAGCUACUUUCAGUUGGUUGAUCACGACCCACCCACGUUUGUCAUAGGCUUCUCAGCAAGAGCCAGUCGACCAAAGGAUACGCAGAAGAACUUGAUUGAAACCGGCGAGUGUGUGAUCAACGUCGUAUCAGAUCACUUCGUGGAAGCUGCGAAUGCGACCUCCUUGGAUGUCGAGUCUAGCAUAUCAGAGUGGGGACUGUCCGGCCUCAAGUCACUUCCAUCUGCGACUGUGCGUGCCGGUCGUCUGAAGGACUCGAUCUUUUCAAUUGAGGGUAAGUUACUUGAGAUGAAAGAUCUCGACUAUCAUGGGCAUGCAAAGCAGGGAAAACCAGUCGGAUCAUUGGCAGUCAUCCAAGGAACUCGUUUCUGGGUUCGAUCCGAUGCGAUCAAUGACCAUCAGGACGAAAUUGAUUUGUCUGUCAUGAGACCUGUGGUUCAGCUUGGGGGUAUUCAAUACUCUCGAGUCCGCGAAACCUUUGAGUUACCGCGACCCUCGCUAGCUACGGAAUUGGCUAGAGAGGGGUCGAAUUUGGCCAACUUUAUGAAGAAAUGA